CUUAGGAUCAUUCAUUCUUAUUCAAUAAAUCCUCCUCGAAACCGCUAGGUGUGAUUUCUGAGUUGUCCGGGCUCUAAAUUUCUGUUUUCUACACCCUUCGAAACCACGUUCCAGUGGUACGAGGUACGGGCGCAUUUGUGUCGAGGGUGGGUCUCUCAGCACAGCCAGUUUCGACGUUGCUUCCUUCGACCUGACCUCUUCCUGUCACUCUUCAACUUGUCCAUCAAUUCCUCAGGACCUUUCUUUGUCUUGUCUACAGAGUCUGUAUAUUUAUCUGUCCUGCAGUGAACCUUAAGGUUCGUUUGCCCCCUCUGCAACCCUCCACACAUAUCGUCGCACACCCAAUGCUCCGCUCCUCUACGAUACCUGUGCGGUAGUGCCGGAUGCCAUUAUCAUUGCCUUUGCGCAGCCUCUGUUCCAGAUCAAGAGUAUCCUGGACGUUCUGCAAGAAGUCGCGAUCACUGUCACACACAUUUGCUCUUUGACAUCCAUCUCCUUCGAACCAAAACGGAUCAUACAUUUACCACCCUAUCUGCCGGCCCUCACUCUUCCGACUAUUUGUACCUAAAAGGAGGAUUACCAAGAGAAGAAAAGAUUAUAUUCUCCCAUUCGCAGUAAUGCAAGUAUCCAACUUGCUCUCGAAUGGAGAGCACAAUACACCCAAAAAGAUGGCGCCAGCAAAGUCGGUCUCUUUUGAGCUGCUCCUUGAUGAAGGCUUAAAGACCCGAGCCCGCAUUCCCCUUCGGGUGGUGCUGAACAACCAUGACAGUACAGAGUCCAUCAUCACUACAGUGAAAAACUUCUAUGGCAUAUAUGAUGGCCGGGGAGUGAGCUUUGAAGAUGCACUGGGGAUCACACUGAUUCCCUCCUAUGAAAAUCUGCCUCCUGACUCCACUGUUUAUAUGAGGAUUGUGCCAGCACCACAACAGCCGCUGGGAGCAUACCCUCUUCCCAACUAUGGCGAUGAGAAUGGGUAUGAACCCAAGCGUCGCCCGAGCCUGGGUGAGCCAUUUCAGAUGCUACCGCCUCAUAUGCGGGAACAGUCGCAUUCUCCUUCAAGGCCUGCAUCACGGCUAGCUCGAAAGAGAAGUGUCUCUCCAACACAAGGUCGAGGACGCCGUAGUGUAUCGCAGCAAAAGGGAGGCCAUGUUCCCACGGCCAGUCGUGGCUCAAGUGCCAAUGGGAGUUUCCAUGAAGAAGAUGGCUACAGUGACAGUGAGGCAGGGCGCGGUUCAGUCACUGGCUCCAGGAAAGCAAGAAGCGAGCAGUUUGUCAGCUCGGAAAUUUCCACUGCCAACGUGCUUCAGGAUGGUAGACGUGGACAGCCCAUUUUCGAUAGUUCGACACUCCCACUCUUCGUACCUCCCCAGGUGCCUGUGACUGCCUCACAAUCGUCCAUAUCACCUCAGCGACGAUCAGUCCCACAAGAAGGUCCCUCGCCCUUUCAUCCUCCUGCGCAAAAGCUAUAUAGCCUACAACAAGUCCCCGUGCUGUCUCCACAAAGUUAUGGAACAGGUCAAGGUACAUAUGGCUUUGGCGCAGGUGCUGAGAUCGGAACCCCCGUACCACAACAUGGUCAUCGUCUGCGAGACAGAACCAGCCUGUAUCAAGGACACAAUGGGCGCCCUUCUAAUGGAGUUUUGCCAACCCCAGAUCCGACUGUUGCCAGCUGUAUCUCGGAUGAAGACGUCGCUCGCACUUUGAUUGCGUUGGGCGACGCUUCGAAUUAUUCUCACGGACGUACGUCGAACUCGACCAUAGACGAGACUUUCAGUGGUGCUGCUGAUGCAGCUUCGUCGACCGGGGCAACGAGUGACAGCGAUGAGUACAGCGACGCAGAAGGGGGACUGCCCAAAUAUAGAAAAUACUUGGAUGAUGAGGACGAAGAUUACGACCAGAGCAGUCCUGCUCGUGAGCAAGAAGACUUUGAGGGUCAGCCAAAAACAAAGAAAAUCAAGACCAAAAUGCAUGAUGGGCCAAGCAAUGGCUACCGAACUAAGCAGGGUUCGUCGUCAAAGAACGGAAAAUUCACCAGGAUACAUUCAAACACCAUGCCAAAGAUGGUCAAACACUCGAGUCAACCAAGUAUCAACAAGGUGCCUUCUGCUCCUGCUCUUGCUCCUGCCAGCCAAGCUCGGAAACUCUCUACAUCGAGUGCUACCUUCCAAUCCUCGCUGGCUGCAGAUGAAGAAGACCUCUCUUCCAAGCCUCGUUGCCAGCGAUGCCGAAAGAGCAAAAAGGGGUGUGAUCGACAACGUCCUUGCGGGAGAUGCAAGGACGCAGGCAUUGGCAUCGAAGGAUGUAUCAGUGAAGAUGAAGGCAAUGGUCGCAAAGGCCGCUAUGGACGCCACAUGGGUGUCCCUGUCAAGAAAUCCGCCGACGACGGUGUGACACUCGACGAGUCAUCCGUGGUUCACCUCGGUGCGCACCACAAUGAUAAUGCUCUUGUUACCAGCAGCCCCGAUAAGAGCAAGAAGAGGAAGCGAUAAAGCCAUUGUUGUACAUUGAGAAUUCCGUACACGGAUUCUGUCAAUCAAACAAAAGAAAAACAAUCCGAACAGGUAUAGAAGGGGAUUGUCAGGGUUUGGAUCAUUGAGGUCUCAGGGGUCUGCGGUUGGUACGGGGAAAAGAUUGAAAACGGUUUACAUUCUGUCUGCUUUAAAUUUGCGACUGUUUGAGGGUUGAAGGUACAGGUCAAGUCAUCGUUGACAAGGUGAUCAGUGGUGGGACGUUCCUUGCUGUCUCUCUCUUCCAAUUUGAUAUUUUGGUAUGAUUGCGAGUCGGCGAAAUUUGUGAAAUUUUCUUUUUCUCCGAAGCAAAGAGGGCUGCCUGGAGUCGAUAGCAUUCAUGAGUGUACGAAGUGAGAAAAUUAUUUAUAUAUUGAAGCUUGACUGAAACCAGUGG